AUGGCUGAGGCAGAUCAGCCUGAACCGGUGUCGAUUUCUCCUCUGCUGAAGCGUCUCGCGUACCCCUCCGCGGCGGAGAUCCAAGUCUCUGCUGAAGAAAUUGCAGCCGCAUUUGCCCUCAUUUUUGAGAAUCGUCUUUCCACUAUCCAGACAGCUGCUCUGUUGACUCUUUUACAUUCCACUGGUCUAGACCGAGACCCAAAAGUCAUUGCACUAUGCUCAGAACGCAUGCGAGAGGCCGCAAGCACCGUCGAGAGAGCUCCGUUGCGGGCUGUGGUUAAAGCUCGAGGAAAGGCAGAGGGAAAUUAUAGAGGUGGACUAUGUGAUAUCGUGGGCACUGGCGGUGAUGGGCAUUCAACCUUCAACGUUUCCACGACCUCGUCAAUUAUCGCAGCCGCUCUAUUGAUGGUAGCUAAGCAUGGAAAUCGCUCGCAAACAUCCUUCUCCGGGUCGGCAGACGUUUUGAACUGCGUUUCUCCUGUACCACCGAAUCUCUCGGCGAUCAAGACAAGCGACAUCGCCAAAGUAUGCGACAAGACAAACUAUCUAUUCCUUUUCGCCCCGAAUUUCCACAAAGGAAUGAAGUACGCGGAACCCGUUCGCCGCGGCCUGGGUAUUCGCACAAUAUUCAACCUGAUGGGUCCGUUGGCCAAUCCUAUCGACUGGGCAUUAGAAGCCCGGCUAGUUGGAGUUGCGUACCAAAGCCUUGGACCUGUGUUCAUCGAGGCAUUGAGACUCGGAGGUGCAAAGAAAGCACUGGUUGUUUGUGGAGAGGAGGAUAUGGACGAGAUCAGCUGCGCGGGGCCGACAAAUUGCUGGAGGCUGUCCGAAUAUCCGAAUCCCAACUACAAGGACAAUAAUAAAGCGGAAGAGGAAGAGGACGAUGACGAUGAUAACGAAGACGACGAAGAAUACGAAGAAAGGACGCAUACGAAGCUAGACAUAUUUCAGAUCCACCCCUCAGAUUUUGGCUUCCCUACGCAUCCUAUAGAAGACGUCUACACGAAAAAAAUGCCCAAAGAGAACGCUGGCAAGCUUAUGAGUAUUCUUCGCAACGAACUGGAUCCCGAUGACCCCCUGAUGCAUUUCAUUCUCAUUAAUACAGCAGCACUCUUGGUUACAGCUGGAGUAUGCGAAGCCGAAACUAGCAACAUGGGCCCUGGGGAUGAUGGGAAAGUGAUCACAGAGCGCGGACCGGGUGGUGGGCGCUGGAAAGAGGGUGUUCGACGGGCCCGAUGGGCUAUCGAAAGUGGGCAAGCGCUGAAAUCCUUUGAAAAGUUUAUUGAGGUGACAAAUACUCUAUAA